AUGGUGGCCCUGACGGUAAAUCUCCUCGUCGUCACCAUCACUGCCCUCGACGAGGGCCUCCACACCCUCAUGUACUUCUUCCUCAGGAAACUGUCCAACCUCGAACUCUGCUACAUCUCUAUCACCAUCCCCAAAUCUGUCGGUAUCUCACUGACUGGUCGUAAAUACAUCUCCCUCCUGGGCUGUGUGUCCCAGUUCUUUUUGGUGGCUCUGUUUGCUGCUUCAGAGUUGUCGGUCCUCACGGCGUUGUCCUACGAUCGCUACGCCACCAUCCUCUACACUCCGCCUUCGACUUUCUGCCUGAGAUUCUGUGGGUCUACCAUCGUCCAGCAUAUCUUCUGUGACGUUCCCAGCCUCCUGCCGAAGAUCUCCUGCUACAAGAAACACGUCGUCAUCGAUAUGAGCGUUACCGGCGGGGUAGCUUUAGUUUGUGUCUACUCCAGCACCUGGAAGUCCUUUACAGGCGCAGAAUAUUUUAUCCACACGGUGAUAUCCUACGACCGCUAUGCUGCCAUAUGCGUUCACCUGCGCUACGAGUUUUUCUGCGAUGUCCUCUCCCUGAUAAGGAUCACCUGCUCCGACGGCCACGUCGCCCUAGACAUGAGUGUCAUCACCGGGGUAGUGUUAGGCUUCGUCUGCUUCAUUCUCAUCACCAUCUCAUACAUCUACUGUGACGUCCCUGCUCUGCUGAUGAUCUCCUGCUCUGAGGACCAGGUUGCCACGGAGUUGAGCAUGAUCACAGUGGUGGCAUUAGCCGUCGUCUGCUUCUUGCCCAUCGUCACCUCAUACAUCUGCAUUUUUUGGGCCGUGCUGAGGAUGACGGCCACUGAGGGCCGGACCAAAGCCUGGCGUUCGCGUUCUACCUGCGUCUUGCUGCCCCCCGCCCUCAAACUCCUCAUCUACAGACUGAAGAAUAAAGAUGUGAAAUCUGCCCUGAAAGCGCCGAAUGUUGAUGAACUGUCGAAGUCUGGGAGGAAGGCGGCCAAGAUUAAAGUAGGAUGGACAAUCCAGUUUCGGGGAGGAAUACUGGCCUAA